AGGCACGCUAACAUGAAAAUGAACAUGAACAUGAACAUGAACAUAACAUGACUCCUUCAUGAACCGCCACAAAGCUGACACUCGCCACUCUUUCCGUGCUAUUAAGUCUUCUCCCGGAAGGACUGCCGCUCAACUUAGGGGUGUUGAGCGUCUUCGCCAGAUUUGAAGAACUACUGACCACAGAAGCGUUGGCCAGGAGGAGACAACACCAAAGAGGAUGGCAUCGCCGUUUGUGCCUGUCCCCGUGCCUUUGGACAGAGCCUCAUCAGGUGGCACCAGGAAGGUGAGACGGACCCAGCGAGCGUCUUCACUGGGGAGUGUCUCGUCCACACUGACCACGUCCACCAAUGGGAGUUCCCCUCGCCUGUCCAAUGGCGUGGACCGAGGCCGCCAAAGCCUGACGCCGCCGCCUCUCCGUAGCCCCGUCUUGCAGGCCAGGGUGAACGGAACUCUUGAGUCCUUUGGGUGUCCAGGUUGCCCUCGCUCCGUGUCAGACCCUGUCUGGAGCCAGCAGGGAGGAGAGCAGAGGCCCAUCACUCCCACCGUGCUUGGGUAUGAGGUCAUGGAGGAGAGGGCAAAGUUCACGGUCUAUAAGGUCCUGGUAAGGAAGACACCAGAGGAGAGCUGGGUAGUUUUCAGAAGGUACACUGAUUUCUCCAGACUCAACGACAAGUUGAAGGAGAUGUUCCCAGGAUUCCGACUUUCAUUGCCUCCAAAGCGCUGGUUCAAAGACAACUACAACGACAACUUCCUGGAAGAUAGACAGUUGGGACUGCAGACCUUUCUGCAAAACCUGGUUGCACACAAAGACAUUGCCAACUGCCAGGCAGUCAGGGAGUUUUUAUGUCUGGAUGAGCCACCAGGACCCUUCGACAGUUUGGAAGAAAGCAGGGCUUUCUGCGAGACUCUGGAAGAAAGCAACUACCGUCUACAGAAAGAACUUCUGGAGAAGCAAAAAGAGAUCGCCUCACUCAGGCGGAGUCUUGUGGAGAAAGAGCAAGCCAUUCUGCUCCUGGAAAAACACAUCAAUGGUGAGGGUGUGGGCUCACGGUCUUCUGCUCAGGGCGUCGACGUGGAGUCACCUGCUGCAAAAGGUGAUCAGGACGUCCCCAACAACAGCGGCGAGACACGCGAGGUCCACUUGGCAAGAACCUCUGCCUGUUGGUGUGGACCUCCACCCAGCGCCUCUCCCCCCGUCAUCCACGUCACCCAGCUGACGGAGCCUUGAAACCACCACAGCAGCAUUCCUCCGUUCCCGCGUUACGAGCUGUGUGUCUCGUGUCCCCCUCUGGUUCCCUGGCUGCCCCUCUUGGAUCUCCACCUCCCGCCUGGACACGGACUUUGACGCCUCACGCCUGCCCAGAGACCUCCGAGCAUGCCUUGCC